GUUUAAUGUCAACAAAUUUAAUUAGGUAGACGGACCAUUUAACCCGAAAAUCUAAAUCAAAUACCGUUUGCACCGUCGCGCGAAUUGAGUCCUCCCUAAUCCCUAUAGAACAAACAUCAGAAGAACUCCCCUCCCGACGCUCCAAACAAACCCACACAACUCCAAAGAAAAAAAUGGGACUAUUUUCAUCAUCAUCUUCAACCUCACAACAAAAGGGGAUACUGAUCACAGUACCUGUCCUAGUCCUUGCUCUUUCUACUUGCGCCAUUUUUCUCUUCUUCUUGCUUUCUUCUCUCUCCUCCUCUUGCUCAUGCCCUUCCUCCCCUGCCGUAACCGGAGGAUUUCUUGAACCUUCUGGAAGAUCCGCGGAAAGGGUUUCGACAUCAACGGAGGAUAUUGAUUGGGUUAGGAAUCAGAUCCAAAUUAAUGGGUUGCAUAUGCAGGAUAAUGUCUUGCGUAAGGGGAUUAAUCCUCGGACUAGGGAUGAACAACUCAAAGAUCUCCGACAGUACAAGGGUAUAUCACAUUAUGAAGGGGAUGACUCCAAUAACCACACUGCUUUGCCCUGCCCCGGUGAGCUCCUUGUAGAAGAGCAUCAUAGUAACUAUGGUGAGCCAUGGGCUGGUGGUAGAGAUGUGUUUGAAUUCCUUGCUGAGUCUGCCCACCUUAGUCCUGAUGCACAGGUUCUGGAAAUUGGAUGUGGGACACUUCGAGUAGGAUUGCACUUCAUUCGGUACUUGAAACCUGAGCAUUUCCAUUGCUUAGAGAGAGACGAGUUGUCUCUUAUGGCGGCUUUUAGGUAUGAGCUUCCAUCCCAAGGUCUGUUGCAUAAGCGCCCUAUUAUUGUAAAAGGUGAAGACAUGGACUUCAGCAGAUUUGGAUCUGGGGUGGUCUAUGAUCUGAUUUAUGCUAGUGCAGUUUUCCUACAUAUGCCUGAUAAACUUGUUUGGGUUGGUUUGGAACGGUUAGCGGCUAAAUUAAAGCCAUAUGAUGGUCGUAUCUUUGCAUCCCACAACAUAAAGUUCUGUUCUCGGUUAGGAGGAGAUGAGUGUACAAAAAGACUUGCAAGCUUAGGACUCGAGUAUGUGGGUAAACACACACAUGAUAGUCUGCUUUUCAAUCAUUAUGAAAUUUGGUUCGAGUUUCGACGAGUAAAGGCUUAACAGAUUGAUAGGCAAAAACUUAUAGUAUUGUUACUUUUUUCAUCCGAAAGGAAAAGGUUAGGUUUGCCAGUGUCUUAUGUCAUGAUGGUGAAAUCUGGGGGAUCCGAUGGUCAAUCAAUGUAGAGCGCUGCGCAGAGGAAGGAAUCCUGAUGAGUGAAUUUGUGAUAUCUGGAGUUGUUACGACACAGAAGCAUGUUCUGUGUGUUGUAUCACACGAUGUGUACUGUAAGUUGUCUUGAAACUCUGCAAAUAGGAGGGGCUAUUUUUUGCUCCUUGUUUCUGGGAAAUGAAUGGAGAAGUCUGGUGUCUGGGUGGUAAUUCUUUCCUUUUACUUACUGCUAGUGCUACCUAUCUGUAAUUCUUUGUAGAUUGUACAAUUAAUUUAAACAAAUAUUUUUAAUUCAUAAAUUGAAAUUUAAUUAGAAACGCGGACGCCCGUCUGUGUAAUGUUGCACCUGUA